UCGCGCGCCUUCCUGUGGCUAAGAUGGCGGCCGAGCAUCCUGAGCCUCCCAAAGGGGAAUUGCAGUUGCCGCCGCCUCCACCUCCGGGCCACUAUGGCGCUUGGGCUGCCCAGGAACUUCAAGCCAAACUGGCAGAGAUCGGAGCUCCGAUCCAGGGGAGUCGGGAGGAGCUGGUAGAGCGGCUGCAGUCCUACACUCGCCAGACUGGCAUCGUGCUGAAUCGGCCAGUUUUGAGAGGGGAGGAUGGGGACAAAUCUGCUCCCCCUCCCAUGUCAGCACAGCUCUCUGGGAUUCCCAUGCCACCACCACCCAUGGGACUUCCCCCUCUGCAGCCUCCUCCACCACCCCCACCACCUCCACCAGGGCUUGGCCUUGGCUUUCCUAUGGCUCACCCGCCAAAUUUGGGACCCCCACCUCCUCUCCGUGUGGGUGAACCCGUGGCACUGUCAGAGGAGGAGCGUCUGAAGUUGGCCCAGCAGCAGGCAGCUCUACUGAUGCAGCAAGAGGAACGUGCCAAACAGGCAGCUGUGCUACUGGAGCAGGAGCGGCAGCAGGAGAUUGCCAAGAUGGGCACCCCAGUCCCUCGGCCCCCACAAGACAUGGGUCAGAUUGCUGUUCGUACUCCUUUGGGUCCACGAGUAGCUGCUCCAGUAGGCCCAGUGGGUCCUGCUGCCACUGUUUUGCCCAUGGGCGUCCCUGUUCCCCGGCCUCGUGGUCCCCCGCCACCUCCUGGAGAUGAGAACAGAGAGAUGGAUGAUCCUUCUGUGGGCCCCAAGAUCCCCCAAGCUUUGGAGAAGAUCUUGCAGCUGAAGGAGAGUCGCCAAGAAGAGAUGAACUCUCAGCAGGAGGAAGAGGAAAUGGAAACAGACAAUCGGUCGUCCCUGGGCCAGUCAGCAUCAGAGACUGAGGAGGACACGAUGUCUAUGUCUAAAAAGGAGAAAAACCGGAAGCGUAGGAAUCGGAAGAAGAAGAAAAAGCCCCAGAGGGUGCGGGCUGCAUCCUCUGAGAGCUCUGGAGACCGAGAGAAGGACUCCUCCCGGUCCCGAGGUUCUGACUCUCCAGCCGCUGAUGUGGAGAUUGAGUAUGUGACUGAAGAACCUGAGAUCUAUGAGCCCAACUUUAUCUUCUUCAAGAGGAUUUUUGAGGCUUUCAAGCUCACUGAUGACGUGAAGAAGGAGAAAGAGAAGGAGCCAGAGAAACUGGACAAAAUGGAGAAUUCUACAGUCCCCAAGAAGAAGGGCUUUGAGGAGGAGCACAAGGACAGCGAUGAUGACAGCAGUGAUGACGAACAGGAAAAGAAGCCAGAGGCCCCUAAGCUGUCCAAAAAGAAGUUGCGCCGAAUGAAUCGCUUUACUGUGGCUGAACUGAAACAGCUGGUGGCUCGGCCUGAUGUCGUGGAGAUGCAUGAUGUAACAGCACAGGACCCAAAGCUGUUGGUUCACCUCAAGGCUACCCGGAACUCUGUGCCUGUGCCCCGCCACUGGUGUUUUAAGCGCAAGUACUUGCAGGGCAAACGGGGCAUUGAAAAGCCCCCCUUUGAGCUGCCAGACUUCAUCAAACGCACAGGCAUCCAGGAGAUGCGGGAGGCCCUCCAGGAGAAGGAAGAACAGAAGACCAUGAAGUCAAAAAUGCGAGAGAAGGUUCGGCCCAAGAUGGGAAAGAUUGACAUUGACUACCAGAAACUUCACGAUGCUUUCUUUAAAUGGCAGACCAAGCCAAAGCUGACCAUCCAUGGAGACUUGUACUAUGAGGGGAAGGAGUUUGAGACACGACUGAAGGAGAAGAAGCCUGGAGAUCUGUCUGAUGAGCUGAGGAUUUCCUUGGGGAUGCCAGUAGGACCAAAUGCCCACAAGGUUCCUCCCCCAUGGCUGAUCGCCAUGCAGAGAUACGGACCACCCCCUUCCUAUCCCAACCUGAAAAUCCCUGGGCUGAACUCGCCCAUCCCUGAGAGCUGUUCCUUUGGGUACCAUGCUGGUGGCUGGGGCAAACCCCCAGUAGAUGAGACUGGGAAACCUCUUUAUGGAGAUGUGUUUGGAACCAAUGCUGCUGAAUUUCAGACCAAAACUGAAGAAGAAGAGAUUGAUCGGACUCCUUGGGGAGAACUGGAGCCAUCUGAUGAAGAGUCCUCAGAAGAAGAGGAAGAGGAGGAAAGUGAUGAAGACAAACCUGAUGAGACCGGCUUUAUUACACCUGCAGACAGUGGUCUCAUCACUCCUGGAGGAUUCUCGUCAGUGCCAGCAGGAAUGGAGACCCCUGAACUCAUUGAGCUGAGGAAGAAGAAGAUUGAGGAGGCCAUGGAUGGAAGUGAGACACCACAGCUUUUCACUGUGUUGCCUGAGAAGAGAACAGCCACUGUCGGGGGAGCCAUGAUGGGAUCAACCCAUAUUUACGACAUGUCCACGGUUAUGAGUCGGAAGGGCCCAGCCCCUGAGCUGCAAGGUGUAGAAGUGGCUUUGGCACCUGAGGAGUUGGAGCUGGACCCAAUGGCCAUGACCCAGAAGUAUGAGGAGCAUGUCCGGGAGCAACAGGCUCAAGUGGAGAAGGAAGACUUCAGUGACAUGGUAGCUGAGCAUGCUGCCAAACAGAAGCAAAAGAAACGGAAAGCCCAGCCGCAGGACAGUCGUGGGGGAAGCAAGAAAUACAAGGAAUUCAAAUUUUAGGUCUCCCUUACACAGCCAGCUUUCCUUUAGGCCCUUUGUUUGGAUGCCUGGGCGUCACACGUGGGUCUCCAAGAGCCAGUUCUCCUGCACAUCCCAAGGGCUUGUCAUUUCAUGUUAUUUUAGACCUGUUUUGUAAAUAAAGCUGUUUCCCAAGGAAA